AUGGCCUCGAGGAAACUACAGGGCGAGAUCGACCGGGUUCUAAAAAGAGUGGAUGAGGGCGUCGGCGUCUUCGAACAGAUUUGGGAUAAGGUCUAUUCGGCCACUACUACGGCCCAGAAGGAGAAAUAUGAGGGCGACUUGAAGAAGGAGAUCAAGAAACUCCAGCGCUUGCGCGAUCAAAUUAAGACAUGGCAAGGGGAUAGCUCCAUUAAGGAUAAAUCAAAGCUGGAUUCCAACAGGAAGCUUAUUGAGGAGAAGAUGGAAAAGUUUAAGAUUUGUGAAAAGGAAACCAAGACAAAGGCUUUCUCAAAAGAAGGGCUGGCUCAGGACAGGACAGAUCCACAACAGAAGGCCAAAGCAGCCGUGGGAAACUGGGUCAAGGAUGCUAUUUCCGCUUUACAGGAACAGUCCGAUGAGAUGGAGGCCGAAAUUGAGACUCUCAACUCGGGCAAGCGAAAAAAGAGGUCGGAGGAAAACCCUCGUGUAUCCGACUUGAAAGAGCACAUCUCUAAGCAUGAGUUUCAUGUCGGCAUGCUCGAGCGAGUAUUAAGAGCUGUCUACAACGAUGGCAUCACCCCGGAAGAAACAGAGGACCUCAAAGAGAGCGUUGAAUAUUACAUUGACAGCAACCAGGACCCCGACUUCUACGAAGACGACGAAAUGUACGACCUUCUUAACCUGGAUUCUGUCCCAGCUCUAUCAGCGGCUAAUUCCAAAAAGUCAUCCAAACACGGGGACCGCGACGAUGAUACCUCCAGUACAUCCAACGGUGCCAAUUCGUCGAGAGACAAGAAAGGCCCAUCAUCACCACGAAACGGCAAGAAUGGCCGCGGCACCUCUUCCGCAUCACAUGCUGCCUCAAAAUCCAGUGCUACCGCUUCGGCCGCAGGCUCUCGUGCCAUGUCACCCAAGACUACUAGAGGAAGCGACCGCUCGCCUCCCUCGUCCGCUACACACUCACCGCGCAGCUCUAGUGGUGUAGCAUCGGCUCUCGACGCGACUGGAAAAAAUCCCCCUUUGUUGAGCAGCGUCGUCAAAGGUGCCACUGCGGUACAGUCUGGCGCAAACUCCAAGACAACCCUUCCAGCUGCCGAUCCGGUCGUCGUCGACUCGCGCCACGUUUCUGGGCAAACGCAGCUGCCUGAUGUUGUGGUCAGACAAGGACCAGUCAUCGAUGGCACAGAAAUUGCUCCUAAUCCGGAGACCGAUGGGGCGAGUGCCAUGGCACAUGCAGCCGACGACCCACAGCAUCUGGAAGGGGUUCGUGGGUCGGCGGUAGGUCCAAAAGCAAGGAUCAUUCAAAGGGAUGGGCAUGCCAACACAAGACAGGCUAAACUAGCCGCGAUGGAUCCGACACUCGCAGAAGUUGAAGGGGCUAUGUCGUUCAUGCCAGAAACCCCAACAGAAGCAUCGAAACAAAGCUUGUCAACGGCAGCUCCCAAGCAGAACCCAUCAACGCGAAAUCUUGGAAACGGCACCGCAGCACCUGCGGCGGCUGCUCCGCAAAACCCAGUCGCUACUCCUCCGAGCUUUCCAUCUGUGCCGGCUCCGGUGUUUGACAGCAGAGAAGUGUUCGAACGAUUCAAACCAGACACUCUAUUCUUCAUCUUCUACUACCAACAAGGAACGUACCAACAAUACCUGGCAGCCAGGGAACUGAAAAGACAAGGAUGGCGGUUUCACAAAAAGUAUCUGACCUGGUUCCAGCGCCAUGAUGAACCGAAGAUGUCAACGGAUGAAUACGAAACGGGUACUUUCAUCUAUUUUGACUAUGCAAACGUGGUUGUACAAGGCAAAGGGUCCGGGUGGUGUCAACGGAUCAAGUCCGAGUUUGUGUUUGAAUAUCGCUUCCUGGAAGACGAACUCAAGGAGACAGAUGAUGAUGUCGGCACGUCUUUCACAUGAACAUAUGAUGUAGUCCUAGCCUAGGCCCGAUUAAAACGACGCGUCAAAUUGUG